UGAAAUGUCUCACAUGCCUUGAAAAUCACCACAGCUGACGUUUGGAAAGCUUAAAAAAAAAAAAAAAGUAAUGGCUUUCUUCCAAAUGGUAACAUCAUACAUAAUGCACAUGGCUAACAAAAGACUCAGACAGCACUCAGUCUCACUCACCGAUGAGUCUGAAUUCUCUCCCUAAUCACUGUUGUACUGCUGUUUGUCAGUUCUUCCUGGAUUUGAAACUUUUUUCACCUAAACUGCCACGAAGAAAGAGAAUAAGAAUCCUAAAAAAAUGACUGAAAGUCCUCUACUGAGCAUUCCCUUCUCAAACCAGAGUGAAAACAAGAGCAACUCAACUGUUUGCCCAGACUUGGAUAACUGGUGGGAAAUAGUGUACUACUUAGUACCCAAGUGUAUCAACACCAUCUGUGUUAUUGGAAUGCUUGGAAAUUUAUUUGUUCUCUUCGUUUACUCACUGUACAAGGGCCCUCUGAAGAUAUCUGAAAUCUACCUUGUGAACCUAGCUGUUGCUGAUCUUAUUUUCCUCAUUUGUCUCCCUUUCUGGGGAGAGAAUAUACGGAAUAAGUAUAAUUGGCCAUUUGGAAAUUUUCUUUGUCGUAGUGCCAGUGCAUCCAUCCACCUAAACAUGUACACUAGCAUCUACUUGCUAGUAGCGGUCAGCUUGGAUCGCUAUUUGACUUUUGUUCAUACCUUGACACACAGAAGAAUACGUAGCAAAACUAUAGCCAAAGGGAUCUGUUUGCUCACCUGGACCUUUGGGAUCCUUCUCAGUAUCCCAACCUUUACGUUUCGGACUGUGAAACACUUUCCUGAGUGGAAUAUCUCUGCAUGUGUUUUAGACUUCCCCACCUCAUCCUGGCAAAAAGCUGAUCGUUUGGUAUUCAGCAUAGUGGGGUUUGCAUUGCCAUCAACAGCUAUCGUCUUCCUCAAUUUCUGUACCAUUCGCUCCCUACAAGAACACAAAAGAGAACUAAAAGCGUUCAGGACAAAGAGUUGCCAGGACCACAGAGACACAAAGGCCACAAAGUUGAUCUUCUUAGUGGUACUGAUGUUUCUUUUGUGCUGGACUCCUUACCAUCUUGUUAUAUUCUUUGAUAUAUUAUUCCAGAUGGAAGUGAUACAAGGCUGUUUCUGGGAGGAUUUUCUCAACUUUGGUGAGCAGUUUAGUUCUACUUUGGCUCUCACACACAGCUGUAUUAACCCAAUAGUUUAUGUAUUUGCUGGGAAAUAUUUCAGGCAAAAAGCUUUAAAAGUUUUUUCACAGUUUUUCUGCUGUGGGUAUUUUUUGAACCAGGUAUCAUUCCAAGAAAAGUCUUCAUAUUUCAAGUUGUUUCCAGUCAAGACUAGUUCAACUUCAUGAUUCUCGGUUCCAUCUUAAUUUUGAUAUUACAAUUUAUUUUUAAUUGCAUUAAAAAUGAACAGGAAUCACACUGUUCUAGCAUUCUCAGACUAAGUUAAUUAUUUAUUAAGUUACAUCACUUCGCUGCUUAUUUGUCCCUGGGUUUGCUUUUCCUUUUCUGUGUUACCAUCCAAACAUAUAACAUGCAACACCAGAAUUUUAUACCAAAUGAUCUAACUUGUCUCAUCAAUUAUCAGUGCUUGGAAAGAGAAGUUAUUUGACAAAGUAUCAGAAGUCUGGUUUCUCUAAAGUAUGGUAUAAACUGAUUGAAUAUUUAUUAUACUGUAUCUAUGGUAACAAAUAUAAUAUCACCAGGAACACUAUGCAAAGAAUUAUAACAUAUUACAGAGCAAAUAUGAGCUUAACUUUCAGCUCAUAGCUGCAUUUUAGGAAUGGCAAAACAGAUUCAGUAUU